AUGGCGGCUAAUUUUUGUACAGAUGAUAAUUUUAACGUAGAAUAUGACGGAGUCGUCUAUGUUAUGAAUCCAGAGCAAGUUACACGUCUUACUAAUGAUCCAAAGUCUAUUGAUGAUAUUAAUGCAGAGAAAAACAGCCUUAGAGAUACAGGGUCUGAUAAAGAAAUGGUUGCUUGUUCCAAAUCUCUAACUUCAUGCAGCACAGCUAAUUCCAAUAGUUCCAGUAUCGGUUCUAGUACAUGUUAUUUUCUUCUAUAUAUUUACGUAAAAAGCGUGAAUAAAUCUCAAACUAAAGGGGAGAUAAUCAAGAACCAUAAUCCAUUGAAAUACUACAGAAAAACCAGGACUGGAACUGAAGGGGAGGAUUCCGAGUUCAUAGAUCAACUAAUCAGCUUUACAACUUACGAUGCCACAGAUGUACCAUCUUUAGAUCAUUUUGAUGUAAUACAGAGGAACUCUGCCUGUAUAUUUGCAAAGACGGCUAAUAUUUGGGGUUCUCCAGAAUGGAAUGACAAACUGUCUUUAGAAGAAAACACAUUUAGGUUAUUACCCACAUUUUUGAUGUUCUCUGUAAAAUGUUCCAGUCUGAAUAUUGACGGAUUUGUUAUUCAGUUACCUGCUGAUAUUUCAUCAAAUCUUGAGGUGUUUUCUACAAGCGUUCGUAAAGUGUUAAAAGUGAUAAGUGACCAAGAUCCGGGUGGUGGACACUCUAUGACUAAAUCAUACAUUGAUAAACCCGGAUGGGUGUUUGAAUUUAACAAGAUUACCAUGUUUAUCACAACAUUUGCCCCAUUUUACCCGGAAUCUAAUUCCCGAUUCAGUUUUGCUAGUCCGUAUGGUUUUAUACUUUUCCAGCCGGAACUUUCCUUCGCCAAACACAAUCUUCCACCAGAUACGGUGAUAACAAAUUGGGACACUCCUAAGACUGUACGGGAUCGAAUUAGAAUCACUUUUAAAGAUAAGGGACAAGAAUAUACUAUCCCUGCGACUGUCAAUUAUCCCAUGGUUAAUGACAUUGUUAAACCAUUAAAGGAGGGUAACCCGGUUAUAAAAUGGUGGAAAAAUAAAGAAGAGUGA